CUUCUCAGCCCGGAGGAGAAACCUUCCCUCCUCCGCAGCUCGCUUUAAAGCAGCGAAGCUGGGCAGGAGCCGGGCUGCUCGUUCCUCCCCGCCCCUUUGCUGCCUCCCCCAACUGCGGCUCCUGUGCCUGCGCUUGCGAGAGGCAGCAGCAGGACAGGAGCCUUUUCGGGCUUGCAAGAGCAGGCAGAGGAGCCCAGGGGGUGCCCAGGAAGGCGGUGGGAAAAAGCGGCGCUGCGCCUUUAAGAGGCUCUGAACGGAGCUCCUGGCUCGCCCCUCCUGCCUCCGCUUGGCUGCUUCCGCUCGCUCGGCUGCUUCAGUCAGCUCCUCAGCCCCAGAGCCGAGUCCAAAAGGCAGCUCCACUGACUUUUCUCCUCCUGGCUCCGCAGCCCUGGGCAGCAACUGACAAAGGAGACCUGCCUAAUCUGCCCUAGGACCCCAAAAUAUCAAUCUCCCGCUUUUUGUGUGUUUUUUCAUCCCGGUGUUUAUCUCAUUCAUCUCUUAAGGCAGCUGGGUCUCCCCCCUCUCUCAGUGCCAGGCUAAGAGCUCAGUUACUUUGCAGUAAGUUCAACGGGAAUCAGGUAGGGCUGCCCAUGAAACGUGGCUAAAGCCAUUUGUCUCUUCCAAUGUUUUUUAUGAUGAUGAAAUUCAGUUUUAAACUUUCAGAUACAAAGUUCCCCCUUCCCCUCUCCAGACGCCAAAGACCAGUACAGUUAUAGUUUUUUGCCAUCUGUUUUUAGAGCAAUACUGUAUUAUAAAGAAUUAAUGGUGUCACUUUGGACUGCUUUGAAUGAAUGUGGCAGCAUCUCCCUCCCUGACCCCACACCCCCAGUCUUCGCUCAGUGAAGGCAGCAUCUCCCUCCUUGACCCCACACCCGAGGGAGAGGUGUGCCCUUGGGGGGCUGAGCCGCCUCUUAACAACUCUGGAAAAUGGAGUCUCUGUCCCUCAGGACUUUCUCUCUCUGCUGCCCACCCUGAGAGAAACAUGGGGUGGGGUGGGGCGCAGCAGGGGUCCUUGCGCCAAAAAAAAUAUAUAGUCCGGCCCAGCACAGGGUCUGGGGGGGGUGGACCGGCCCCCGGCUGAAAAAGUUUGGGGACCCCUGUUCUAUUAGGAUUGCCUUUUUGUACCAGCGCAGUACCUAUUAAUCUACUUGCACUUUGACGUGCUUUUGAACUGCUAGGUCGGCUCUGUGGUUUAACCCACAGCGCCACCCGUGUCCCAUCCUCAAAAGAAUACCCAUGCACAAUAAAGAAUCUGAACCCUUUUGGUAUUGUGUGCUAAUGCACACUCGCCUGAGUCUUGCAAUUGCGUUGAAGCAUUUGUGCAGUUUGUUCCACCCGGGUUUUGCCUUUGGUGGUUGAUGAAGACCACAUGAUGCCAUGCUAAAGAACAAUGAAGAACUCAAACACAGAAGAAUCUGUCCAUUAGAAUUACAAGCCUGUUCUCCAGAAUGGAAAAUGCAAUCGUGAAGUUGCUGAUAUUUCUCCUCUUUUAUCUUGUUACCCUGUCCUGCUGCUGAUGGUGUAGUCGUGCCUUCUCCCUUUUACAAAAUUCUUUCUGUAAACACCAGCAGUUGUUGCUUGCUUGCUUUCUAGCACCACCUGCCAUGGUUUUAAUGAGCAUUUCAUAGAGCAUCAGCAGUUUAGCUUAAUUCCAUGCCAACAGCAAAUUAAAUUAAUAUUCUUGCCAUCUUCUGUUCUUACUAAAAUUUGCUGCUAUCCUACCUUUCUUUAAAUGUGAGCAAAACUGAAGCACCAGGUGUUGCAACAUUCAUCAUGGUAAAAUAUUGCCAGUAACAACAUUAUUCAACUCUUGAUCCUGUCAUUUUAAGCAGGGUCUGACAACAGAAAACAGUUUUGUACAUCUGUUUUUUCUGUCCCAAAUGGGAUGAGGUCUUCAAACUAAUAAGAUAUUUUUUUAAAAAAAAACAAGCAGUGUUCUAUUGGAAUUUGUGGUGAAUUCGUGGGAACUUAAACAAACCAUUAAAAGCCUAAGUUCAGUGUUUAGCUGCAGAAGUGAAAUGCUUGCGCACCCAUAAUGCAAAUGCUUGCAGAGGUUGGAACAUGUUGCUCUCUGUGACAUGUUUCUGCGAAGGCUUGAGCCUGAAAAGAGAAUGCAAAAUGCAAUAUUUCUUAAGUAAGACAAGAAAAAUGAUAGUGUCUCCAGCUGAAGCAUCCUCAAAUGAUUUCAGCUUAGAUAUCAAAAUAAAUUCAAGAAGACAAUAGAAGGAAUAUACCGGGACUUUUGAGAGCAAUUCCAUCAUGCCCUCUUGAAAAAUCUGCUCUAGAAGAUCAGGAGGGAUUCAGUGCAGUGUGAGAGGCGGCAGCCUGAAGAGAAAUUUGGUGCAGACCUUGUGCAUAAUAAGCACAGUGUUCUUUGAAUUUUGACCUCUGAAAUUAGUUGAAACAAAUGCCAUAGCUGUGCCAAUCCUAGAAGAUGUCUUAAAAAUGAUCCUAGCUCUGAGUAAAAUCUCAGUUUGGCCUUUUGAAAAACUACAGUAGUUUGGACCAGGAGAUGGAAAACAGCAGGGGAUUUUAUUUUAUUUUGCUGCUCUGAUUUAGAGCUUGUCUGCAAAAUUUAGAUAUCUGCAAUGUUACUUCUUGCUGAAUAGCUUCUGCAUAUGUGCUUUGCUUCCGUCAUUCUCCUUGCAAAUUACUGGCUUUUCCUUCCGCUUGAAUAUGAACUGCAUUAGAAAAUCUUCAUAAAAACUUUCUUAAGGAUGCUUCCCCCCCUCCUCAAUUAAAAUAGAUAAUGGAUGCAGUCUGAAGAUGCAUCUCUAAUGUGGGAAUACUCCUGUGUGUAUCCUCCUGGUAUAGUCAGAAUAGCGUGUACGAGAUGCCUCGUACAAAGACACACGUUCCAACUGCUUCUAUGUACAUAUCUUAAAUUUUACACAGGAAGAUUCCAAGAGAUGGGCUUGAGAAUACUUUCCCAAGGACAUCUACAAGACUACUACUAUUGGCUAAUCGUAACAGCUGCUAAGGACGACAAAGACAAACUGUAGACAAUCAAAUAUAUUGUACUGGUCAAGUAAAAUGGAUCCAUGUUCAGUAGGAAAUCAGCUGCAAGCUAGCAGCGAUUGCCAUAAAACAUACUUUACCUGUCACACUGGAUUCAAGACUAAGCAAGAACUAUCAUCAACUGAUCUGUUACUCCUUCAGCUUAGGACUGGGAUAACUCUUUCAGAGAACAAUACAAUCUGCUUCCAUCAUGCUAUAGUUUACCUUGAUAGGUAUGAAGACUUGCAAAAGUCAUGCUGUGAUCCUUUUAAUAUGCACAAAAAGCUUUCAAGGAAAAACUUGCAUGCAAUUGACAUAGACGAAUCAACUUUUCUAAGUGCCAAGUUUGGACGGCAGUUUAUACCUGGCUGGAAACUUUGUCAAAAAUGUACACAGAUAAUAAAUGGAAGUGCAGAGGUUGAUUCUGAAGACCGUCAGCGAAGGAGACUUGAUUCAGACGGACGUACAGCUAAGACCUUGAAGUCCUUACAGUUUGCUAAUCCAAGACGACAUUCUGAAUUUGCUCCAGAAGCAAACAAAAGGGAAAAAAGAAGGCUGCAGACAAAAAGCACAUCCAACAAUUCAGACAGGCAACUCAUACCAGCAAAGAGCAAAGUGUACGAUAGCCAAGGACUUCUGCUAUAUAGUGGGAUAGACCUCUGUGACUGUCUUGAUGAAGAUUGCCUAGGAUGUUUCUAUGCUUGUCCCAAGUGUGACUCUAGCAAGUGUGGACCUGAAUGCCGCUGUGAUCGCAAGUGGCUGUAUGAGCAAAUUGAGAUAGAAGGAGGAGAAACUAUAAGGAAUAAGCAAGCGUUAUAGAUUACAUGUUGAAUUCAAGUAAUGAGCGUACAUGCCAAAGGUUUUCACUUACAAAAAAUGCAUAAAUUUUCUUCAGAUUUCCAGUUAGUGUUUGAAGUGGUGUAUGAAAGUUGUGGCUCAGAGUUAAUUUCCCCUUUUUGCACCCUUACAAAAAAGAAAAUCUACAACCUUAUUAAUGGGCAGGUGUAUUAAUCGGAACAGUAUUAUGCAUUUUGCACCAUGUACUCUGUAGAAAAGAUGCAUUUCCCAAGCGUCUCCCCUCUUUUCACCUUGGGGGAGGGGGAGUGUUGUCCAUUUCAGAAAUGUGACCACUUUAAUUGCUAGAAGCCAUGAGCAGUAUUAGCACAUAGUAGAUUUGUGAUUUGAUAAUGGUGUUUUGCAUGGUGGGUAGAAGAUAUUAACGACAGGUAAAAAGGCUUUUUGAGAAGAUGGCACCACUUCAAAGAAAAGUUUCGGACUGUUUUGAAAUAUUUCCAGGUUUUUGUUUUUAAUCUGAGUACAAAUCUAUCUUGUGUUUUCAACAGUAUUUCACUGCUUGUGAUGAGGAGAAAAGACUAAACCAAAGAUGUAAUCUCAGGUAGCAUUUCCAUUAUGGGUUUUUUAUUUGAGAACUAUAUAUUUGAGUCUCUAGGCCAGGCAUCCCCAAACUUCGGCCCUCCAGAUGUUUUGGACUACAAUUCCUGACCACUGGUCCUGUUAGCUAGGGAUCAUGGGAGUUGUAGGCCAAAACAUCUGGAGGGCCGCAGUUUGGGGAUGCCUGCUCUGGGCAGUCGGACAGAGAAUUUCUAGGAUGAAUGACAACACAGUCCCAUUUAGCCUUUAAGAAUAUGUGCAAGUUAGUUAUUUGAAUUUGGACAUUAGGAGCACAAAUGGGGAACCAAGAGUAAUGUAUUUUAUAUUGCAAUCACCGAUGCUCUGCAUAAGGAUAUGUACAGAAUUUAUUUUCAGUAGCAAUUAAAAGGCUGCAUUUUCUUGCAGGGCCAUUUUCAUAGUUUUGACCCCAUAUGCAAUAAGGAAUUGUAUCUGUGUAAAUUAAACUUGCCCUUGAGGAUAGAUGACUUUCCAUUUGAAAUGUAAAGUUAGUUGGUAAAAUGUGUAAGACUUAAAAAGUUCCCGUUAAGUAUUAUCCUAGGAGUUUUGUUUGACUCCGCCUAUAUUCAGGAAUUUAUCCUGUUACCUGUACUGUCCUAGGAAGGCAAAUUGUGUCAUGCAAAGCAAGAAAGUUGCAUAGGAGCUGGUGAAUGUUUGUCCCUAAAUUCAGGAGGAGAUGGGAUUGAAUCCAUAGCCCUGAACCUGGAGUUCCAUGACUGCUCUGAUGGGCCCACGUGGAGCUACUCCCUUAUUUGACAUAGAAAUGUUUAUUGAGGGGCCAUGAGGUCUGAGAACAUUGGAUUAUAUCCAAGGAGCCUCUGGAUUAAGUCAAUUGUGUCUUUACAGUAUUUGUAUGUAUGCAUUUAUAUAUAUAUUUAUAGAACCCAUUUCAUUAUCAAUUAUGAUUGCAUUUUUUAACAAAAGACUUAAGAUUACACCUUUGCUGGGGUUGCAUUAUAUCUUACAAAAUUUGGCAUUAGCAAAUCAUCUUGUAAAGAGAAAUUCACAGUAGGAAUGGUUAUUAAAUUUAAAAUUGCUUCACUUGGUGUCUCUUUUUUUUAAAGCAUUUUUCUAUCUAAAUCAACUCCAAAGCCUCAGUAUGCAAAUAGCUUUAUUGGGACCAACCAAAAUAUCAUACAGUCUUUUUCAUAGGUCCUAAUAAAGGUAUUACCAUACUAUGGCUUUGGGGUUUUUCCCCUAUUGUAUGAAUCAAUACAGACUUUAAAAAAAUUAAAUCCCGUAAAAUAACUUUAGAAUACUAUGUGUAACUUUGCUUGACUUGAUUGAUUUCAUAUGUUAUGUAGUAAAGUUCUUACAGCUAUGUACAGAAAACUGGCCAUCACCUAAAACUGUUUUUAGAGCCUGCCUAACUUCUGGCAAGUUAUUUGAACAGAUGGAUUUUUUACUCUCCCUGCAAAAUGGCAUUCUGCAAAGCUUACAAUAAAAUAAAAGUACUUAAAGGGAAAAGUUUGGCACCUGAACAAUGAGAUACAUACAUGGUUUUAUCCAAAGCUGUCCAGGUGCGAGCAGAACAGACUUCUAAUCAUGCAAUCAGAACUUUGCUCUUGCAGGCUCUCAAAAUCUGCUCUGUGGGGUUGAGGAACCCCUGAGCAAAUUUGUGGAAUUGUAGAAAGGUGCAGAAGAAGAAGAAGAUAUUAUGCUGUAUGAGCUCACUAUCAGUUUAAAAAAGUGGAUACUGGCAGAUAAAUAGCUGCAGGUGGCAUUGCAGCAUGUUGGAAUAUGAAAUCCUCUUGAACUUAAAUUUCUUAGUGUUGACAUCUACUGGCACUAACAAAAUGUGAAGCAGCAAUGCAAAUAUUGUGUUUGUCUAAUUUCUUCAACCAAAAAUUGAUCAAAUUUACCCUCGAAUGCUUAGACGUGUGUUUCAGUGACUAAUCUAUUAUAAAAUGUUAUACAGUGUAAUGGCUAGUAUGCAUUGGUAAUAUAUUUUUCUUUUCUUUUUGAUUAAGGUAUGUAUUGGU